GCCGGAGAACUCCGGCGAACCACAGCAACCUCAAAACAACAAGGCCGCCGGCCUCCCGCCGCCGCCCACUGCCGGUGGCGACCUCUCCGCCUCCCGCCCCGCCCACCUCCCGCCCGGGCCGCUUCACCCACCCUCCACUUCGCCUAGCGAACGAGCGCUGUUCGCUGGAAUCGGUAGCGGCGUGCGCGCGUUCUAUAAGAAAUUCGCGCGGCGCGGCUGACGCUGGGGCGUGCGCCGCAGCAGGCGAGUAAGUGAGGCGGCGUUGUCGGGCUGCCGGGCCACCGGGGCUGCGCGCCUCGAAGUGGCCGAGUGGCUCCGCCCUUGCGUUGGCAGGGCCACCAGCCGCCACCACCAGUGGGCAGUGGCGGAUUCGGCACCGCCGCACCGUCGAUUUGCCGAGCAGGGCAGCAAGCUGCGGGCGAUUGGGAUUUUGGGUUGGGUGGCUUAAUAUGGAUAUUAUGCUGCCUUUUAAAGUUGGAGACACAGUGGAGUCAAGGUCCUUCUCUCUUGGUUUCAGGGGUGCAUGGUUCCGCAGCAAGAUAUGCCUUUUUUGUAUAAGGCAAGGUCAUCUGGAGUGUCUUUUGGAGUAUCUCGACUUUACAGAUGAAAAGAAGACAUGGACUCGACUAUACAAAGUCCCCCCAGGUAGCCGUAAGCGGAAAUCAAGUGAGAGUAGGAUGAUCAUGGUCAGACCUACCUUUCCACGGUGGUAUCUGGAGCAUGAAAAACCUUACCAGCUCCCAGAGGCUAAUGUCGUAGCGAUUGUCAGCACUCCAUGGAAAGUAGGCGACCUGAUUGAGUGGUGGUAUACUGAUUGUUACUGGACUGGGAAAAUUAUUGAAUUACUUGGUGAUGACAAAGUUAAGAUAGCUUUGCAUGAAGAGCCACUUGGUGAAGGUGGAUACUAUGAUGCUGAUUGUAAGGAUCUGAGGCCAGCCCUUGAUUGGUCCCUUGAAAAAGGUUGGAGUGUGCCUCUUUCACAGGAAAAUGGAAAGUCCUGGUAUACCGCCCAGUUGAUUAUAGAGAGCACAGAUUCAGGAAGCAGCAGCUCAGAUGAGGACAUUGAGCAAUCUUGUGAUGGUGAAGAGGUACGAAAAUGCUUGAAUGAGCCAUCUGAUAUGCCUGCAGAAGCCAUGGGAUCUGGCGCAAAACUUUCAGAAGAAGUCAGUGAUGAAAUUUUCAUCAACGACCAAGGAGGUGGUAAAGAGGAAUCACCGGAAUGUUUGAAUAGAGCUUCCAAUACGCAUCAGGAGGUUACCAGUUCAAAAGAGGAACUUCCACCCAACCAAAAGGGACAUUGCUGCAUAACAAGUGAAACAAACAGUCUUAUUGCCAAGCGAUGUGAAUCUUCGGAAGCCCUUUCGGAUGAUCAAUCAAGUCCAAUCAGCGUCGAGCGAUGGAAAACUUCAUCGGGAGAUAUUUCUGUCGAGGGGUCUCCUGAUCCUGUUGAUGAUGCCAUUGAUGACGCCAUAAUAAAAGUGGAGGAACUAGCAAACAAAAUCAAAAGACUUGAAAGUCUAUUACUAUCUGUGGGAUCUCCUCCAUCAAAAGUGGUGAAGCCAUCAUGGAAGUUCCUGGAGGAUGCAUCAGCAAAACACAAGUGAACUCAUGUUUAUUCUGGCCUAAAGUUUGACUGACCCUACUCAGAGAUUUUCCGCCUGGCUUUUUGUGAACCGUCUCCAACAGAUUUUCCGCCUGGCUUUCUGUGAACCGUCUCCAACAAGAGACUGCAAAGCGGCUCCUUGAUUUAUUGCCGGUAUUUGCAUUUUUUUAUUGUAAUCAAACUCGUUUAUCAGGAAGUAGAACAAUGGAAGAAUAUUUGUCAAAUCUUUUCAGUGUUAUCCAAUUCUAUGUGAUUAUGCCCAGAUUCUUCCGGUC